AUGGUGCUCCUGUUACCUCUCAUCAUUGCAUUAGCAGUGAUGCACAGUGAUGCUCGUUUCCACACUUACCAGAGAAUGAUUGGCUGUGAGUUACUGGAGGAUGGAAACACCACGGGGUUUCUCCAAUAUGCAUAUGACGGACAGGAUUUCAUUAUCUUCAGUAAAGAUACCCUCUCCUGGAUAGCUAUGGAUAAUGUGGACAUCACCAAGCGGGCAUGGGAGGCCAGUCAGCAUGAGCUACAAUAUCAAAAGAAUUGGCUGGAAGAAGAACGUAUUGCCUGGUUAAAGAGAUUUCUGGAGUAUGGGAAAGGUACCCUACAAAGGACAGAGCCCCCACUGGUCAGAGUAAAUCGCAAAGAUUUUCCAGGGAUUGCAACUCUUUACUGCAAAGCUCAUGGCUUUUACCCCCCAGAAAUUUCCACGAUCUGGAUAAAAAAUGGGGAAGAAAUUGUCUGAGAAAUGGAUUAUGGAGACCUUCCUCCCGGUGGGGAUUGGACCUAUCAGACAUGGGUGUCAGUUGAGCUGGAUCCUCAGAGCAGCAACCUUUACUCCUGUCAUGCGGAGCACGGCGGUGUCCACGUGGUUCUUCAGGGUUCCCAGGAAUCAGAAACUAUGCUUCUGGCGAUGAAAGCUGUUGGGUUCAUUGUCCCCGCCAUUGUCCUGUCUGGAGUUGGUGUCGUAGCCUGGCAAAGGAAGCCCUGA